UAUAAAUAAACAAGAAAGAAGGCGUGGCUGUAAACAGUGCGCUCGUGCAGAACAUGUGACUCAAGUCCACGGAUAUCCACAGGGUUGCCAAAUCCUCCCCAUGAACUACACAUUGGGGUUUUACAGAGCGCAAUCUGGCAACCAGAGCACUUCCGCGAUACAAUGUGAAGAUGUGCGAUUGAGGAGGAAGAGUCUCAAUCUGUGUUUAAUCUGCAAUCAGGGACUAACUGAUCUUCACUCAGCUCUCUGCUUCAAGUGUGUGUGUGUGUGUGUGUGUGUGUGUGUGUGUGUGUGUGUGUGUUCCGGGGAUUUACUCCUGACCAGCUCCUUAUUUACCGCCCUGUACUUCAUGCUUGGGCCAACCCAGACCCGGAGACGGAGGGACCAUGUGGAAGUCAUAUGAACGCCGAAGACAAGUCACAAACAAAUAGAGAGAGAGAGAGAGAGAGAGAGAGAGAGAGAGAGAGAGGGGAAAAAAACAUAAGGAGACGCUUCAUUUGUCCCUGAAAUGAACACGACCACUGAGCCUCCGCACCCGACUGGAGGAGACGUGGCCCUGACGUACGUGCUGCUCCCGUUUUUCAUCAUCACCUUCGCCGGGAUUAUUGUAGCGGCGGUGAUGUACGUGAAGAGGAGGCAAAGGCUUGACAGGUUGCGGCACCAGCUGCUCCCGGUGUAUACGUACGACCCGACUGAGGAGCUGAACGAAGCCGAACGGGAGUUGUGGAGAGAAGACGACACUAAGGGCUGGACGAUGACGUACCAACAGCGAUGGCCUCUGCUCUCGAAGGACCCACAUGUUUGACAGAAGAAGUGAUUUACACUCUGAUGAUUUAUAGUUGACAGUUUGGAGACUGAGGUUAAGAUAUCUCUGCACUUCACGUGUGAUAUUUAUCACUCCAGUAGCAACGUCGGAAAAAGAAAAAUGGCAGGGGACGAGAGAAGAAAACGGAGGACCUGCCUUUUCCACGCUAGACAUGUUGCGAUUAAUUUGUUAUACAACACACACACACACACACACACACACACACACAUACCAUAAUGUUAAUGCAGGAAAACCAUGAUAAGCAUUGAAACUGUAAAGAAGUCUAUUUAUUUUUAGUGUAAGCUGAUGCUUAGCUUUUUUGAGGAUCCCAAAAUUCCUUAAGCAGUGGCAUAGAAACAAAUACUGAAAAUUAGAAAUAACGUGAAAUGCAGCUGUGUGAAUUAGUGAUGACCAGCCUGAUGAAACCAACCAUGAAGUUAACGAAGACAAUUUCUGAUGCAUUUACAGUUGUAUAUUGAGGCAUCAGAGAUGACAGAUUAGUUUACAUUUUAUAUUUUUUUGCCUGUUAAAUGCUUUUAUCUAAAGACACAUGAUACGAAGGAUGCAUCAUGGAAACCGUUUGGAGGUGCUGGAAUUUUAAGCAGCAUAUACAUGAUAUGCACUCUAUAUAUAUAUAUAAUUAAUAAUAUUUUAGGAGUUACAGUUGAAGGAGUCCUGAAAAUCCAGGCAGCAACUUCAGCACCCACACGCCCCUCAUCCUUGCAUACCGAUACUGAAAAGAGUAACCUACUAGUGUUAAUCAUCACGGAACGUUUUAUUUAGCUUUGUUUAUGUUGGCUGCUGCUGUGUGAUGCUAGAGAUUAAUUCCUCAUGCUGAGUUUUAUUUGUAAUAGACAAAUAAAAGUGCAGUAUCAGAGUAUCAGCGAGCGUGCUGAACAAAUUGUAGACACUGUUGAGCAAGAGGGAAGAAAAUGUGCAGUGUGCAGUGCUCAGUGCUCGCAGAAAUGAAGUGCUCGCACAUGCCACAUGCUCGAUAAUCCCUUUUUGUGCGCACAAUGCAUGCCUCCUACGCUAUUUUUUUUCAGGUCAACCCUCCUCGCACUCUCUAUAAAAUAUACUGUUUAAAUGCCGUAAAAUGUUUUAUGAGGUUGCUUGUAUUGUAUAUCCAAAUUGCUGUCAUUUUGCGUCACCUGUUCAUUAGUGCAAAAAAAAAAAAAGUGAGUAAGUGAGCACGGUAUUGGACACGUGCCUGAAACCAAUCCAAGUAUACCAGAGAGCAGAUGAGGGUUAGGAGCCUUUCUUUAUGGCUAUCCGACAGUCCUGGGAAGUUAGACGUGUGUGUGUGGGUGUACAAAACACACACCUGCCACAUUUCUGACUUUUCACUUGUGUAAAAACAAAAGCGUAGCAGAAAACAUUCCGCUUUUCCAGUCAUGCCACACAGCCUUAAAUAAAAUGCACGCUUUAGUAAUCUCUUGUUGGCUAAACAGGUUUUUAAAGACGGCUGGUCAUACUGUGACGUUUGCAUUUGGCCAAUCAGUGAUGUUUAGGAACAUAAGCUCCGCCCCUUUAAUGCAUGUUUCAUGGAAAAUGACUCCAGGAACUUAAGGAACUAAAAAGAGUCCUGGAAGUAAACUAAGUCUGGGGUUUUGUCCUGGAAACGGACCUGAAGACACUGACGAAAUGAACAUGGGCUUUAAAAUGUGCUGAAGACUGAAAUUUUGUGUAACUACACUGAAAAGUUGUGCUAAAUGUAAGAGUAAAGCCAGAUACCCUGA